GUACACCCCCGUAAGUGGAGGCGAGAACCGUCAACGGAAACGUCAGUUCCGCCCGCCUCGGUAUUUCCCAAAUAGUUGUGAGAAAAAGGAGUGAAUUUUCGGGGUGAAUAGUUGUCCGUAGAAGGGAGAGGCUAGGGAGGUUUUAAUCGGAGCUUCGGGGUGUGUGUCUGUGCGCGUCGAGUCCUCGUCGGGGGUUAAAUUGGUGCGGAUCGCUCCGUCGAGUGGAGAGGAGCGACGAAAACUCGGCCUGUUUCUCUGUGCUUUUCGUUUUGUACAGUAUUUCCACUGUGCGAUAACAGGGGCCGCGAAAAGUAGCCGAAAAUCAGUGAAAAUCGGACGAAUUCGUCGGACGAAAAGGGCUGGGAGUAUCGGGACGGUAAAAACGGGCGGGCGCGGGCGGUUAGUGGAGUGCGGGACGCGAGAGACCAAGGAAAAGUGAAAAGACUGGCUGAAAAGAUAUUUAACGAGGAUUUAAAAAGUUUACAGUGCGCCGAAAUAAUUCGGAGCUUUCCGAACUCAAAAAACGGCCGUUUAUUGAUCGAUUUUUCCUGUCGGAAGCUUCCCUUAAGACUCGAGCUCUCCCGAACGCGAUUCAGCCACGAUCCCUUUUACAGAGGCUGCUCCUACUCACUGGGAGGAAAGUGGAAAGCGAUCGAUUGACAAACAAAACAAUCUUCGUUUCGUCGCGAACAGCCCGAACUUUCCACGUGCCUCCCUCUCGCUCCUCAUCUCAAAUCCACUCCAGUCAGAACAUACGAAUACGGGAUUCCCUGUCGAACGAGCAGGAGUACGAGGAGUGCGAGGAGGGUUGUUGCCAGCGCCGUGUGACGAUAGACAAGCCCCACUGACCUAUUGACUCUCUAGCCUGGUCCCGUCGUUUCGCCACCCUGCCGCGGUACGGCGCGUACGUUCAGCUCUAAGGUCGAGUACCCAACCGCGGAGGCUCGAGGCGCCUCACUCGUCGUUUCAGCCAACCCGAUCCCACCGAACCGCGAGGGGGGAGCCCGACUCUUUUAUUAUCCCUCGAAAGUAACAUGGCGAAUUUUCGUUUUUGAAUGAAAAAACAAAACUCGAAAAUUUUUCACCGAGCAUCAACAUUCGUCACGGACUUCGGUUCCGCAACAAAAAUAUCAAAAAUCGAGGAAAAAAGUUGUCCGAAAUAUCGAAUCGUCCGAAAUUACGGAUCCGAAUUAUAUACGAAAAUCGGCUCGGCGAUAAAUUCGGUUCUGCAAGCCAAAAACCCCCUCGAAAGAGUCUCAAUCUCGUUGAGUCCUCCCACGGCUGGCCUCUGUCAACGUUCAACCAACACGUGCAACAACGAGCGACAAAAAAGGGCUCGGGAAGCGUGCGAUAAUCGAAUUCGGAGCCGUAAAACUAUGAGCAAUCCUCAGAAGGGAUCUGGAGUCGUGAAAAUGAUUGGGGGAAAAGAUUCGGUGGGGGGAUGCGCGAGUCCACGAGACGCCGAAACGAAAAUCGACGUUAAUUAACGACGCGUUAACCGAGCCGUGAUCGCCGUAAUCUAGUCGAAUUGUCGUUAUCGCUUUAGUCAAAUUUGUUGUAAAAUAAAUCAAUUUUUUCGGCUCGUCGGGGCUCGAUUAAUUGGCCAUCUCGAAUCCGCUGUUCCGUUGCUCCGUGCCAAUCGAUCUCGAGCCUCGCACACGAUUCCAGUCCCUCUAUAAAUGCUCGACUCGGACAAGCCGAGAUAUCGCUCGGAUAAGCAGCCCCAGCAGCGCCAGGAGAUGCCGGCGAUUACCACGCUCACUGCAGCUGUGUGAUAUCAUCGCGCAGCGAGCUUCGUGAUCACAAACCGCCCGCCGUGCUGCUCCGAGGAGCACGAAACUCGAGGGGUGGGGGUGUAUUAAGGGGGGCCAACGAAAAUAAACGAAAUAUGGCAGAGAGCGCGGCGAGUCCGGUUGCGGUGGUCGCUGCCAACAGCCCCCAGCAACAACAGUCCUCGCAACAACAAUCACCGGCUCAGCAACAGCAGAGCCAAACGUCAACUAGCACUCAGAAUCAACAGCCCCCGGACAUCACUAGCUCGCAACUCGCUUCUCCUCCGAUCACUGGCACAGCCCAGAUCGAGAUAAUCCCGUGUAAGGUUUGCGGAGACAAGAGCAGCGGCGUCCAUUAUGGAGUUAUCACGUGCGAGGGCUGCAAGGGUUUCUUCAGGAGGUCACAGUCCGCGGUCGUGAACUAUCAAUGUCCGAGGAACAAGAACUGCGUGGUCGAUCGUGUCAAUCGGAACCGGUGUCAGUACUGCCGGCUCCAAAAGUGCCUUCGGCUUGGCAUGUCCAGAGAUGCCGUUAAAUUCGGACGAAUGUCGAAGAAGCAGCGGGAAAAGGUCGAGGACGAAGUCAGAUUUCACAGGGCGCAGAUGAGAGCUGCGUCCGAAACUGCACCUGACAGCAGCGUCUUUGAACACCAGACUCCAAGCAGCUCCGACCAACAUCAUUCGUACAACGGCGGCUAUACGUACGGUGGAAGCGAAUACUCGUCGCCAGGAGCGGGCACAGGUGGCUCGGGUGGUUAUUACAAUCACCAGGCAAUGACGAAUUACGAGCUGAGCGCCGAUUACGUCGACAGUACGACAGCCUACGACCCGCGACCGAAUCAGACGCAGGUCGACGCUGUUGCACCGGACACGCCAAACGUAACUCCCACCGCCGGUGUACUGCCGAGCGUCGUCACCACGGGAAAAUCGCUGUCCGCUUCGACGACCGGAAGCGGAACGAGUACCGGCGGAGGGGGUAAUAAUAACGGGGGUAGUGGUGGUGGUGGCGGGGGUGGGGGUAAUAGUGGUGGAACAGGUGGUGGUAUCGGAGGUAGUGGAAAUAGCGGAAGCGGCGGUUCAAGCGGAAGUAGCUCGAAUAACGGGAGCCUGAAUGCAGCGGGAGGCGCCGGUAGCGGCUCUUCGCUUAGCGGCGGUGGAAUCGUCGCGGUUAAACAAGAGAGCAACACGGCGACGACGACCCUCGAACUCGCGAGCCUCGCUCAUGGCUCGUACACGAUCGUCGACUCUACGACCUUUCUCAGUGGUCAACAUCAGAGGCUCGACAACCCAACCGAGGACGAUGAUGUCCCUAGUCUGCCCAGUAUGUCCCAUGCGAGAUAUCCGGCGGAACUCAACGAAUUGUUAUCGAAGACGAUAGAAGACGCUCACUUGAGGACCUGCCUGCUGAAAACGGACGAGAUUCAAGAGUCGUUUCGCAGACCUCACGAUCUCACUAAGCUCAUUUACUACAAAAACAUGGCGCACGAACAACUCUGGCUCGAGUGCGCUCAAAAAUUGACGACGGUCAUUCAGCAAAUUAUCGAAUUUGCUAAAAUGGUACCGGGCUUUCUUAAGCUCACACAGGACGAUCAGAUAGUUCUUCUAAAAGCCGGUUCGUUCGAAUUGGCUGUCUUACGAAUGAGCAGGUACCUCGAUCUCCAACAAAACUGCGUUCUUUACGGUGACACGAUGCUACCACAAGACGCGUUUUAUACCACCGACACCGCCGAAAUGAAACUCGUUUCGUGCGUUUUUGAGCUUGCGAGAAACGUCGCCGAGCUCAAACUCACAGAGACCGAACUCUCGUUAUACAGCGCCGCUGUGCUCCUCAGUCCAGAUCGGCCGGGACUGAAAGGACUGGCGGACAUAACGAGGCUGUCGCAAGCGGUGAUAAAAGCGUUGAGGUGGGAGUUGGAUCGCAACCACGUAGCGCCGAUAAAGGGUGACGUAACAGUAUGUGACGCAAUGCUCGCAAAAAUACCGCAGCUUCGGGAAAUAUCCCAGCUGCACAUGGACGCACUGGCCAAGUUCAAGAGAUCGCAGCCGCAUCUCGAAUUUCCGGCCCUUCACAAAGAGCUAUUCAGCGUCGACAGCUGAACUACCGACGGGGCGCAGGGCGACCCGACGCUCCCGGACGACGCGGAACGCGACUGAUACGGGGCCUUGCUCUGUCAAGAUUAUUUCCUUCGUAUUGAACAUAUUGGGCCUUAAAUAAACAUAACAUUGUUAUAUAUAAAGUAUAUAUACAUGAGAAGCAACAUAAAGUGUAUAUAAACACAUACAUAUAUAAAUAUAUAUACAAUAAUAUAUAUUUAUUUAUGUAUAUAUAUGUAUAUGUAUAUGUACACAUAUAUAUUAAUUUAAGAUUAAUAUAUCUAUAUAUGUAUACACGAGAAAACACAAUGGUACGUGUGUAUGUAUAUAUAUAGAUGAGCUAUCGGUUGUUAUGAUACAUACACAAAGUAUAUUAUUGACUAAUUAAGGUUGAGAGAGGGGGAGAGGACCGGGGGAGUACGUGGAAUGGGGAGAAAGAUGUAGGAAGUGGAUAAAAAAAGAAAAAGCGUCUCGAGUGUGGAGCGAGAUGAUGGGAGCGUUGAGGAAUUGGCAGAAUCGUCGUUCUCGAAGAAUUCGUCGAAGUUUGCUCGUGGGACACGUGACUGUUGUUUUUGUUCGAGGCUGUUGCAAGUGCGUGUGUUUCUCCGCGGGGCGAGAUAUUAGUUCGAAGCUUUUAUUUGGAUAUAGUGAUAUAAAAAGAGAUGGGGCUAAAAAGAGAGAGACGUAAACGGAGAUAUCGCGACAGGAACGAACGUAAGGAAGGUUCAUAACCUCAAAAGGAACGGACACGCUUAAAAAAUACGUAAAUAUUUCUCGCGCGCGCGACAGCGUUCCCAUUCUCCCCCCCUCCCGCCUUCUUCGCCCUGCUCCCGAGGCUCACGAAGACUGACGACGAAACUCUGGCGGCACACUCGCGGUUCGGACACACAAACGCAACGGAGGUUAUAAAAAAAUGACGUAAAAUCGAGCUUGCUGGGCAAAUUCCUCGAGGUUUUUCGGCUCAAAAAGAGGCUUACGAGGAUCGUUAUUAUUUGUGUUUUUACCACGAAAUUUUAAGGACCGGAGGUUUUGUGAUACUAUCGUGGAAUGCGAGAGGAAAACGCGAGGAGACGAAGACGAGCCCGAACAACCGGAAGUGAUGUUUUGCACUCGCGUACAAAUAUACAAACGAAGAAACGGACGUAAAAAUAUUAAAAAUUAUAAAAGAAAUAAACGAAGACGUAAAUAGCUUAAGCGGACAGAAACGAAAGGUGAAGGAUUUAUUUCGAUCGAAAUAUGGGGGGCUAAAGCACGCGGCAAGGGACGGCGAAGGACGCGUCGGGGAGUGCGCUAAAUACCGUUAAACUAUUGUUGACACUUGAAAACCGCAGACACACGCCACACACUAAAAUCAAGGACACUCCGAGCAUCGAAGAAUGAUGAGGAAACCGUUGAAACAACCGAGCGCGAAUAAGUGUCAAACUUUCAUCGAUUAACGCAUUAACGAAUAGAAUUCAUUUGUUAUUAGUGAGAAACACACAAACUGUAGAAACGACACACGCUACAUUAUCAGCCUCGCCCACUCGCGGAGACACUUUCUGCUGCGACCGAGAUAAGAAAAUACGAUGGAAUACGAAUUAGCGCGACUGACCAACGGGGGAUUCAUUUCUACGAAUGAAAAAAUAAAUAAAAUAAAAAUUACGAAAAAACACACACUCUACGAUACACACGUUUCGAAUAGGAAAAUUAUUGUCACAAUUUCGAGUUACAUUUUAUAUAAUAAUAUAUAUAAAUAUAUAUAUAUGAAUAAAAAAUAAAAAAUAAAGAAUUUAAAAACGUUGACGGAUAAUACGGCGUUUGUUUGAAUGCUGAUUAUUCGAGGAGCGUCGAACACUCGGACAAAAUUUCACGUUCCUUGCACGCCCCCCCCACUCCUUUUCCUUUCCACUUAAAAAAAACAUUCGCGAAAUCGUGCCUCCGAAAAGAGCCGAAUUUUGAUUGUAAAUAGGCCAUUUUCCGGGCGAAAAUGUCCUCAUAAAAAAGUAUAAAAACCAAGACGUCGAAGGUGAUUCGACGAACGUAAUAAAAACUGGGAAACGAUCACCGCGGUGGUCUCGCCGUGUGAAGCGCGAGUGGAUCGAACGCCGGGAAGUUGUAUCGGAACGAAAAAGCUCGCAAAUUUUGACCAGCCUCCGUAGAAAAAUAGAAGAAAAAGUUUAUAUUUCGUGAUUGAAAUCGUGAUUGCGAAGACACAAAUCUGCGAUCGGAAUACUUCGUCGUUUUUGUCGAAUUUCCUCGAAACAAAAAAAAGUGUCUCCUCGCAUGAGCGUCAUGCCGGGGAAAUUUGUUUUCGCCCAAAAAUCUAAGUGACCAUGCAAAAAAGUGAAAAGCCUUUUCUAAAAAUCGAUCGCCGCAGAAUUGUGUUUUCGGAAUUUGGUGUUGGUGCGAGCGCGGUAGAAAACACGAAAACUAUGAAAAAUGGCAAAACACGUACCUGUCAGAGCUGCGCGAGGAGCCGCAGCGGGCAUUAAACGAACCGAAGCGAGAGCGAGACGAUUCCGAUCGAACGAAUAUGUUAAGAUAAUAUUUAAAAAAAAAAAACGACAAUUUACACAAAAAAUGGAUGCGGGCCACUGUCGGCGAGCCUGGAGAUGUUCGAUCGUCGAAAACGGGGGUUGAACACCGAAGAAUCAGAAGUAAACACUGCGAACAGAAACAGAACCCACACGCACACACACCACACGCUUGGACGACAGCCGACAGCCGCGAGCCCUGUAGGCAGAAAAACUCACGAGUCUCUCACUCUCUCUCUUCCUCUCUCCCCCUCCGUUGCGUUAUAAUAAUGAUAAUAAUAAUAAUAUUAACAUAAAAAUAUAAAUAACGACAAAGUAACACACGAAGCGACGUAAUACAUAGGCGUUAAUAAAUUGUAAUAAAAAAAAGUAUAAUAAAUGAGAAACAGAGAAUCAGAGAGGAAUUUAAAAACGAAGAGAACAAAGCGUAGCGAGAUCUAUCGAUUAUAAAAAAAAACGAAUGCGAAAAACAAAAAAUGACGAAAAUUAAUGAAAAAUAUGUAAGGACGAGCGAAGAGACAAGAUGACACACGUAAAAGAGAUGGAAAAAGAAAAUUUAUUUCUUGCAUAAAUAACGAAGAUAUUAUAUCCGCGUAAUAGAUAAAAUAAAAAAUCUUAGGGGCUGAAAUAACGAGUGUGAGUUGGAGCGCGAGAGCGAUGUCGAGUGAAUGUGCGAAAGUUGGUAAUGGCGGCGACGGAGAUAAUGAGAACACAAGGUGUAAGGAAAUACAAAGUGCGUCGUAAAAUAAUAUGCGUGAAAAGGUUUUUAUUGGAUCGUCGAAAAAUGAGGAGGUCGAGUUACAAGCGAUUUAUCGAUAAAUCGAGGAAAAUACAGUGCGUGGUGAAUGUAGCGCGGAUGAUGGCCUUUUGUACCGAGAUUCUAAAUUUCGACUUGUAUAUUUUUCGAACCGCCGCAGCGAAGCCACGCCUCCUUCAGCAGGACCACGCAAGCACGCACGCACGCACACAACACGCGUUUUGACACACGAGAUAAAUGAACAGAGGCUCGAAGAAAUAAAAAUGACGGAGAAAUAUUGGCGAAACGAGAGACGAUGGAGAGCGGAAAAUCUACGGGAGCUCCAUUUACACUCGCGAAACUGACACAAAACUUCGACGCCAACGAGAGCGAGCAAGCCGAGCUCGGAAGGUCGUUCGCAAAAUGUCGGCCGAAAAUUAUUGACUCGGUUCGCUCUCGCGACAGGUUAAUGCGAAUUAUUGCGAAUCAAUUAAUAUUUAGCGUACUUAGCGUUUGGAUAAACACACUUUCGCGGCUGCGUUCGCCGACUCUCGGACUGAUUAUACGUAAUCAAUUUUCAAUAAGGCAUAGAAUUUAAAGAGGAAAGGAGACGGUGAGCUAGAGGGAGUCAAAUGAGGGUUUGCCUCUUACGAGUGGUAUUCGAUCGUUUCGACUAUUUCGUGUCUUUCGCCUUAGAGAUUUUUCUCUCCUUUAUAGCGACAUACAUGAAUUCUCAUGUAUAUGUUAAUAUUUAAUUUUAUAUACACGAGUUAAUAUUUAAAAAAGAGAAAAUUGAUAAAAAAAAAAAAAAAACAGUAUUGUAAAACAAGACACUUAGAAAAGUACGCGCCAGACGAACACCACGCAUAAUCAUCAAACGAAUUCACUUUAUCGAAAUUUCUCGACAGAACGAAUGUCGAGACAUUUUUUCAACUGGAAAUGUGCUUGCCGCGAGAGAAUUUUUCUCGCAGCUAACCUCCAAAAUUUCGAUACAAACUUCUCGAAUUAACGACGCUCUUCACUUCAUAUUUUCAUCGCUCUAAUUACGAACGUUUUUUCUAAAAAUCAUACUCGAAUUCAUUGUUAAGAGCAACGCAUAUUUGGGGAUCGAACUUGUUCGAAAGGACAGCGACGAAAAGACGGGACGAGAAAUACAUACGAAACGGAUGUGACACAACUUUUGUUGUAGUUCGACUAACAAACGGCGGCGGAGCGCGGUAGGAGGAAGGGUGGGGAGAGGGGAGGGGGCGAGAGAGCAAAAAUCUGUCUUAGCGAACGCGUGAUAAUCGCGUAACGGUUUUUAUGUUGAUUUAUAGAGGAAGUAGCGAACGUAACGAUAAAAAUAUAAUUAAUAUAGUGGCGAGUGCGAAUUUUCGAUAAAUAAAUGAUAAAAUCGAGUAUGAAGGUCGCGAGUGAUGCGCGUGAGCGCUAAUAUUUUCAGACUCAUUGUGAUAUUAUUAAGAAAGGUAAUAAAUAAUAAUAAAAAAAAACGAGAAAAAACAAAAGUAACAGGGGAAUGAGCCGCGACAAGGGAUUUUAUCGGCGGAAGUGAGAAUGCGGUGUGAUUGGAAAUAGGCGAUCGUAGAAAAAAAGGGUAUUGUUGCUGUAGCGCAUUAGAAAGUGGGGGAAGAACGCGUAGGGUGUUGGGAUUUCAUGAAAAUUACGAGUGAGAUAAUCGGUGCGCAAUAUUUCCCCCGCCUUUUCCCAUUUUCCAUUUAUUUCCUUCAUCAGCGCGCCGCGUGCGCGGCGUGUGUGAUGCUCGAGAAAAAAAUGUUGCGAUAACGUGCCUGCGUGUCCCUCCGUACCUGCGUGCCUGCGUGUGCAUUUUUUUCCCGGAUAAAGCGCUUUCGUUUUAAAUAAUAUUAAAUAACGAAGAAGGAGAAGAAAAAAAUACACAAAAAUAAAAUAAAACCAGAAUGAAUUACGAGAGAGGAAUCGUAUCUCGAACAAACGAACGUAGACGAUAAAUGAAUAAAUAAUUUCAAGAAUAAAAAAAGAAAGAAAAAACUAACACGACACGAGCCGGUCGACUCGGCCGUUCGAAUUUUCAUCUCUCUCUCUCUCGCGUUCUACUAGUUGAGCCGGCGUUAUAAGAAAAAUAAACAAAAUGGCAGUUUUGUCGCGUCGCGCAUCGUCAAACUUUAUCUUAUUAUUACUAUUAUUAUCAUUAUUAUUAUAAACAAACAAAACAACAACUAAAUAAUAUAAAUAGUUAAUUAUGAAUUAUUCUUUAUUUUUCCCGUUAUUGUUAUAAUUAUUAAUUAUUAUAUACAUCAUCGGAUUUAUUCAUCGAGAUAUCGAUUAUUCAAAUUUGUUUGUUGUAAAUAGGCCAAGGUGCAGCAGCUACACACACGUAGACGAAAAACGAAAAAUAACGAAAAGAAGACAAAAAAAUACGCAAAAAAAUUAAAUAAAAUAAAAUAAAGACGAAAAGAAACAACAUAAUAUUCAUACGAGACAAGGAAAUGAAAAAAAAAAAAAGAAGAAAAAAGAUGAUAAAAUUUACACUAUAAGUACCUUUAGCGAAAAAAAAAUUAAAUAAAUAAAGAAAAAAAGAAACUCUCGCGACGUGCCGCGCGUGUCGAAAUAUCACGACGAGUUCGAUGCGGUAUAUAUAUAUAUAUAUAUAUAUAUACAUACAUAAAUAUAUAUAUAUAUAUAUAUAUAUACAUAAUAUAUAUAUAUUUAAUUGAAGAAAUAAUCUAAAGUUUAAAUAGAUAACCACAUGUAACGUCGACACUUGGAAACAAAAAAAAACGAUUAAAUACAGUUUUUUAAAUGCA